ACAUAGUCAUGGCUAGUUGUUUAGUGUUUGGCUGUUGUAUAAUACUCACAUGCUUGUUUAUGGUUGUGAGUUUUGCUUCUGCUCAAUCAACGCGGGCAUUCUUCGUUUUUGGUGAUUCACUUGUAGACAGUGGCAACAAUGAUUUCUUGGCUACAACUGCACGUGCUGACAAUCCCCCUUAUGGCAUUGAUUUCCCAACACAUAAACCCACUGGACGCUUUUCUAAUGGCCUAAACAUCCCUGACUUAAUCAGUGAGCAACUUGGCUUAGAGCCUACGCUACCGUAUUUGAGCCCUCUACUAGUUGGAGAGAAGCUUCUAGUUGGUGCUAAUUUUGCGUCCGCGGGGAUUGGUAUUCUCAAUGAUACGGGAUUUCAAUUUCUGCACAUCAUCCACAUCUACAAGCAACUGAAGCUAUUCCAACAUUACCAACAAAGGUUAAGUGCACAUAUUGGUGCGGAGGGAGCUCGGAUUCUAGUAAACAGAGCAUUGGUCCUCAUCACCCUUGGAGGCAACGAUUUUGUUAAUAAUUAUUACUUGGUCCCCUAUUCAGCAAGAUCUCGCCAAUUUUCUCUCCCAGACUACGUGCGCUAUCUCAUGUCUGAGUACCGCCCAAUUCUUAGGAGGCUUUAUGAUUUGGGAGCUCGUAGGGUUCUUGUAACGGGUACGGGACCAAUGGGGUGUGUGCCGGCAGAGUUAGCCAUGAGAAGUAUAAAUGGUGAUUGUGACGCGGAACUUCAGAGAGCUGCGUCCUUAUAUAAUCCACAACUUGCUGAAAUGACAAAUGGACUCAACAAAGAGAUUGGCGCGGAUGUGUUCGUUGCUGCUAAUUCAUAUCAAAUGCACAUGGAUUUCGUUUCCAACCCUCAAGCUUUUGGAUUUGUUACAUCAAAGAUAGCUUGCUGUGGGCAAGGCCCGUACAAUGGGAUUGGACUCUGCACACCCCUUUCAAACUUGUGCCCAAAUCGAGACCUAUACGCGUUUUGGGAUCCAUUCCACCCAUCGGAGAAAGCUAGCCGAAUCAUAGUCCAACAGAUCCUGACUGGCUCCAACCAAUACAUGCACCCCAUGAAUCUUAGCACCAUCAUGGCCUUAGAUUCCAUUGUUUGAUUGAUACAUUACAGCCUUAGAUUCUAGC